AUGUCUGCGUAUUUGCAAUAUGUACCAGAUGACAGACAGAAAGUCUGUGAUACCUGUGGACGCAGUUUCAAGCCCAAAGGCUUCGAUCAUCACCAAAGAGCCUGCGAGCAACGAGCAAGAGAGUCAGAAGAAGAUGGAGAGCUAUGGGCUUCGAUCCCGCCUGUACAAGUAUACAGUGUGCUGAGAUCUUGUUUAGAUCGCUCUGAGCCCGAGAAUGUCCCUGAACAUACCAGUGUGGAUGAUAUCCGCACUGAGUUUCAUCCGCACGCGAGGAUCACAAUGCGCAUUGAAGCAUUCUCUGACUUCACACGACAACAUCACUACGAGCCACCCUGCCCAGAUCGCCACCCUUGGCUCCCAUUCAGAUGCCAACUUGACUUUGAGGUUGCGGGGUUGGUGCACGAGACCGUACUCACUCAUGAACAAACGACGUGCCUCAUCCAGUUGGUUCAGCAUGGUAGGACCGAAGACUUCACUCUUAAAAAUUACGCCGAUGUUCGGAAUACAUGGGAAGCAGCGUCCCAUCGCUUGACGCCGUUCGAAAAGGAUACUAUUACAGUACCACUUGAUGGCAAUGACAUGGAAUAUACAGUUUAUUUUCGCUCCCUUUGGGAUUGGGGAGUAGAUAUUUUGCAACACCCUGACAUUGGCCCUCAUUGCAUUUUUGAUGCCCAGCAGCUAUCGAAAUUUGAUGGAGACUCAUUUAUUAGGUUCAUUGAUGAGCCAUGGACCGCAGAUGCAUUUUGGGAAUGCCAGUCCCAGAUCCCUCCAGAAGCAAAACUGUUGGCGUUCAUCCUGUAUGCUGACAAGUCGAAGCUAUCAUCAUUUGGGCACGAGAAGGGAUAUCCUGUCAUCGCUCGGCUAGCAAACCUUCCUGUCACCAUCAGAAACAGAAAUGGGGUGGGUGGGGGACGAGUGGUUGGAUGGCUCCCACUGGUCAAAGACGACCUGAAAUACAAAGGUACCCAACAAUUCGCUAACUUCAAAGUUGCUGUAUGGCAUGCUGCCUUCAAGAAAGUGCUUGCAUCAAUCAUACCGCCUUCGAAACAUGGCCACUGGGCGAAUUGCUGGGACGAUGUUGUGAGGCUCUUCUAUACACUGGUGUUGAUACUAUCCGCGGACUACGAGGAGCAGAGUGUAAUGUCCCUCACUCGAGGCGUGAUGAGCAACUUUCCAUGCCCAAUCUGUCUGAUCCCCGAGGACAAAUUGUCUUCUGUCAUGCCCCAUAACUAUACUCUUCGCACAUGCCAGGCAAUGAAUGACCUUUUGAUCAAGGCAAGGGCAGAGCACCGCAAAGGACAGUGGGAGGCAAUACUCAAGGGACAGUCAAUUCGCGAUGUUGAUAACACAUUUCACAAGAUGAAUCGCAAGACUACUGAUGUGCACCGUGCACUAUGCUAUGACCGCCUUCACAUUGUCCUCCGAGGUCUCUUUGGGGACCACAUGUGGCCAGAGCUACAAGUACUAAUCGGUCUUUUGGGACGUGACUUCGCCGUAAAAGUUGACCAGAAUUUUGAUGCACUGCCACGUUGGCGCAAUAUGAAUCAUUUUGAUGCUGUCAUGGCUAUAACAUUUACUGAUGGCAGUAAAUACGAAGACAUUUUCAAGCUAAUAGUAUUUGCAGCUCAUGAUAUUCUUCCGAACACUGACGAAUGUAAAAUUGCUUACCUUCUCCUUCGAUGUAUCCAUGCAUACCUCGAGGUGGACCUGUAUGCAGCAUUGGAGGUACAUACCACGAAAAUGAUAGCUGCAGGACGCAAAGCCCUUCAAUCUUUCUUGGAACUAAUGAAUAAAUACAUCCGCAAGUCUGAAGCUUUAUGGCCAGACAAAAACUGGUCAUUCCUGAAGAUCCAUCUAGCUGCCCACUUAUUCAACGACAUCGAGGCUAAGGGAGCAACUCGCAACUACAACACAAAGCCAAAUGAGAAGUGUCAUGGUCCUCUAAAGGAGUCAUAUCAACAACAAACCAAUUUCAAAAAUGUAGCACCACAAGUUCAUCGUCCUAUUUUCAAUAUCAUUGGUUCUAGUUUUAAUCUAGACGAACUGGCUGCAUAUGAUGCUCGGAUGGAUGAAGACGAGGUUGACAAGACUGGCCCGGAUACUAACAUCGCAUCCAAUUUCCAUAUCAGAUUUGGAUCGAGGCAACCGAAAAAGUCUCUUGAGGCAAUCGACGAACGACAUAUUGACAACCCUUCCUUCAGGCAGUUUUGCACCAAGCUCAAUGCAUUUUUAAAUGCUUUGCCCACUGUCUUGCAGCAGGUGAACAUGUUACCUUCUGACGAAAUAAUAGAGUUUCGAUUCCUCAAGGUUAACUAUGAGUCACUAGUUGACUUCUGCCAGACCACAGACUAUCUCCGUUGCAGCCUGAGAUUCCACAAUCUUCCCCAAUAUGACUGCAUCAUCGUUAACACCACGACUGGUGUGUUUUUUGCACGGCUCCUAUUCCUCUUUACAUGUAAUGUCAAUGACACAUCCUAUCCCAUCGCCCUUGUACAUUCAUACGAUGCUGACACGCACCAAACUUGUUUUAAGGACAAACACCUGAAAUUUUGGCGUGUUAGAUCGCAACCGAGAGAAACUGCUAGUGAGUUCAUACUAGCAGAAUCAAUCAUCCGAGGAGUCGCUCUUGCUCCCGAUCCCACUAUACCUGGUGAUUUUCUCGUUAUGGACACUGUAGACAGUGAUAUAUUUCUGCGCAUGAAGCAAAUGCACCUCGCAGCCAGGCACUUAGACUAG